UUUCGAUUUGACGUUGCAGGACGUAGGUUUUUUCCCCCCAAGUUCUUCCGUUUUAUUAUAUUGUGAUACCAUAAAGCACGGCAGCUACAGUCAUAUAUAAUUCAGAUGAGCAGCACAGAGAGUGGAGAUGAUCAUGCACUUGCCGACUCAGGACCCCAGGGCGACACCACAGCUCUGGGGUUCUCUCAUCAUUCCCUGCAGCAGACCUUGGCCACAUACAGAUACGAGAAUGCCCUCAUCAAAACAGAGUUAGCGGCAACACUUGAGCGACAUGCACGGGAAAUGGAAGAGUUGAAGUUGAAGUAUCAGUCCCAGAUGAAGGAGAUUGAACAACAAAGAUUAGAAUCAGAGAGGCAGAUACAAGAAAUACAAGACAGAUAUACAGACCAAGAAAGGAAAAUGCAGCAAGCAAAUCUGAAUUUACAACAGAGAAUAAAGGCAACUGAGGAGGACCUAGAAGAAGCAAACACAAUGAGGGAGAAAGGAAAGAGGGAACGAAGCGAUGCAGAAGAGGAACACCACAGCCAGGUCACGGCUCUUCAGAACACGCUCCAGUCUCUCAAGAAUGAGAACAACCAGCUGAGAGAGACCAUUGACAGAUUACAGGGGUCUUUAGACAAGGAGAAAACAACAUCUCGUGAGCUUGGCACAACUCUCAAUGCGGAGAAGCAUCAACAGCAUUUGAUCAAGAGUCGACUGACUGAGGUUGAACAGCAGUGCCACGUCAAAUUAACGGCAGCCCAAGCAGAGGCAGCACAGGUUCGCAAAGCCAAGGAACAGGAAGCAGCAUCGGCCGCUAAACGAAUCGAGGAGCUCAUGGGUACUCUAGAGGAGGAAAGAGCAGCACUCCUUCGCUUCAAGGAAAGAGCUGCGGCCAAGGAGGCAGAACUCGAGAGAAGAGUAGUGGACCAGCGGCAGUCUCAGCUCACGAAUUCUCACCAGCUGGUUCAGCAAAAUUCCCAGCUUUUAGAGCGAAUAAAGAGCCUGGAAGCCACCAUAAGCAGUCUAGAGGGGAAAAGUGAUGGGCGUGUCCAUGAGCUUGAGCAGUCCCUGCAGAAUACAAUCGAAAGACUCCACAAGGAGGAAAGGGAGAAAGCGGUGCUUAGUGCUCGCGUCACCACCUUGGAGAGCCUUGAGUCCUUGCUAAAGCGGGAGAAAGAAGAGAACUCUAGCCUGCGAGAGGAGCUCCACCGGCAGGAAGCCGAGGGGCAGAGAAUGGGGAGUCUAAACAAGGACAUGCAGAGGCAGAUACAGGAUUUGAAAGACAAAGUGGCCGAGGUCCAGAGCCAAGAAGAAUCCCUCAGGACAAAAUUGGACAAGGAUACUGUAAAAUGGGAUCAACAGCUAUCAGACCAAAGGAUCAGCCACCAAGAGGAACUGGACCAUCUAAGAGGAAGGAUAACCACACUGCAGAUGCAACUUAAUGACAAGAACAAGAGUUAUUUGGAGGAAUGCAGUCACCUGAAGCAGAAAGUGCGUACGUAUGGCAAGCUGAUCAAGAAGCUGCGCUACAAGCUUGAGGUGGAGGAGGUGCAGCUGGAGCGACUGGAGGCUCAGAGGGCCGCUCUGCAGGAUAACGUCCCGUCACACGUCCACAGGCGACUCCAAAACCAGUUGCAAGACAUCACCCGCAAGCAUAAUGAGUUCGCAGCCUUCAUUCGCGGUUUGAGUGAAUUUCAGUCUGCUUUGCCACAGUUAAACGAACUGACAAGCUGCAUGGGUGCAGUGGGGCAGAAGCUGAGUGAACUGGAGGAGGACCAGCUGCACUGCCUCUCCGAGCUCGAGUCCCUGUGACAGAACCUGAAGACUUCUUCAUCUCCAGAGGUGCUCUCACGUUCAGGUGGUUCCUAAGCCUUUGGGGAACACUCUUGAGCUUGUGACAGAACCCGAGGACGUCCUCGUCUUUGGAGGUGUUCUCAAGGUCGGGUGGUUCCUGAUGCUUUAGGGAACUGUCAUGUGGGAGUAGCCUGAAAUCUUUUGUCUUUUUAGUUUAUUAUUAUUGUUUUUUGUAUGUGACCUUUUGGUAGCUCUGAUGAUUAAAGAUAGUGAUCUCAAAGUGGUGUAGCUGAAUCAUGAGGCCUCUUUUUCUUUGAAGGUGGCACCAAAAAGUUUUAUAAGAAGACAUAUAUAGUUCCUCUGUCAUCAUUGGUGAAUCACUUUCAGUUGUUGUUGAUCACAAGAAUAUUAAGUGAGAAAGUGAUCCUGUUAUAUUACUCAGGGUUAUUUAUUUACUAAUGAAGACGAUAUGAUAAAGCCAGAUCUGAAUACAAAGGCGUACAGCAGGCACAUAAUAUCAAAAAUAUGUUUGAAGUAGUUAGCUGAACCAAAGAUACUCUUAACCCUUAAAGAGCAGACGGCAUAAUAAUAAUGUGUGCUUAAUAUUUUGUCCAGGGCUCAAGGGAGGGUAGAAUUUUGCUUGCCUGAGAGGAAAACUUCACUACUCUAUGCCUGCGUUAUUAGUUGAUGAGACGAUGUAAAGUGACCUUGUAACACUGAUAUAGCUUAAAUAGUAGUAUAUGUAUUUUUGUACUCUGUUGGUUUAUAAUCUAAAGGAAUAAGUAGCCAUCACUUACCAGGUAGCUACUACUAUGAAAUAAUAUAAAAGCACAUUUACAUGCUAGAUUAUUUUGUGUGAUGAAAAUAAACAGGAUUUUUGAGCUAAUGCAUUGAAAUACACAAGAGAGAGAAAGAGAGAGAGAGAGAGAGAGAGAGAGAGAGAGAGAGAGAGAGAGAGAGAGAG